ACAACGACAAUACAACAACAAUACAACGACAACGACAACGACAACGACAACGAUCACGACAACGACAACGACAACGACAACGACAAUACAACGACAAUACAACAACAAUACAACAACAAUACAACGACAAUACAACGACAAUACAACGACAAUACAACGACAAUACAACGACAAUACAACGACAAUAUAACAACAAUACAACGACAACGACAAUACAACGACAACACAACGACAAUACAACAACAAUACAACGACAAGACAACGACAAGACAACGACAAGACAACGACAAUACAACGACAACGACAACGAAAACAACAACGACAACGACAACGACAAUACAACGACAAUACAACGACAAUACAACGACAAUACAACAACAAUACAACAAAAUUACAACGACAAUACAACGACAAUACAACGACAAUACAACGACAACGACAACGACAAUACAACGACAACGACAAUACAACGACAAUACAACGACAAUAGAAUGA